CAGGGGCGGACUGACCAUUUGGAAAUUCGGGCACUGCCCGAGGGCCCGGGGUCAGUAGGGGGCCCCAUGAGAUGCCCCUGGUACCUUUUUCAUAGGCCUUUUUGAGUUUGGGCAAGGACACAGGGGCCCCAUGAUCCCCUAUUGCCCGGGGGCCCCAUGAGUUGUCAGUCCGCCCCUGAUAUACACACACAUUUGGUGUGAGACUGGCAUUAAGGCUGUGAGGCAUAACAUUGCUGCCAAUAUACCAGAACUGUGGA